CCUGGUUGCUGGUUUGGCGGUGCGGUUUCGGUAUGUCCUGAAAUGUUGCUGUCGCGUAGGUCAUUCUGCGCCUUACAGUCAGUGUCCACAAACGGAUGUGUCAACCGCGUUUUCGGACUCAGGCCGUUCUUAAGACGAAGCAGCAGUUAUAAGAACUUAAAGAAAUGUUACCAAGUUCUUGGAAUCGGCGAAGAUUCGAGCAUGAAGGAGGUGAAAGAAGCCUUCGUCGAGCUGGCUCGCAAAUACCACCCGGACAGUGGCAGCGACACGGCGAGCGCUGCUAAGUUCGACGAAAUCAAGAGCGCUUACGAGAGCGUUCGCGAUAACUUGUCCGAAGAUGCUGCGCCGGUGCGCGACGAUGUCAACGAAGUCUUGGAAAAAGACUUCGGUAUAAAGCACACGGUUCCGCAGCACCGGCAGUACCUGAGCUACGAUGGCGUCGGCCACGGGACACCGACGCAGCGAUGGCAGCAGUACCAGCAGCACCGACUCCAGCAUGCCGUGGACAGGGUGCACGACUACCGCGUGGGCAAGCGCGACGCGUCCAGUGAGCGCACGCUGGUCCUCAAGGACGCCACGCUGGCACGGCAGUACAAGACCACCCAAGCCAUCGAGCGGCUGGUGGAGGACCUGAUCCAGGAGUCGAUGGCGCGCGGCGAGUUCAACAACCUGCCGGGCUCGGGAAAGCCGCUGAAGUUCGCGCCCGAGAAUCCCUACGUGGACAGCACCACGCGCAAGCUCAACGAGGUGCUGAUUACUAACGGCUACGUGCCCGAGUGGGUGAUGCUGGAGCGCGAGAUCGCCGAGGAGAAGCGGCGGCUGCGCAGCGCGCUCUCCGAGCGCCGAUCCCACCUGGGCCCGUCGCCGCUCACGGGCGACGAGCAGUGCCUCUGGCAGGAGGCCGUGCGUAGCCUGGAGUCGGCGGCGGCGCAGAUUAACCGCAAGAUCGACAAGUUCAACAUGGUCGUGCCGCUGCUCAGCAAACAGCAAGGUGAGCUUCUGUGCCCUGUAUGUACUAAGGCAUGCUGGCGGGCUAUGAUGACGAGACAAAUGGGCCACAUGACGAUAUAUAUAUAUACGUAUAUACAGGAGGCUUUAAGCGAUGAACAGCGGGCUAUAACAAUGGAAGUCUUAUAUAGAGUGGAGAUCGAUAGCGGCUUGCGAAAAGAGGACAUGUCUCUGUCAGGACGUUUCAACAACGUUUCGUCUAGAGUUCUUGUGUUCGUUGUCUUCGGCUUUGUGAAUACGGACCCGUGCGCUGUAUUAAAAUAAAAGAGUCGUUUGUUAGCGCUCCCGCCGGCGUAAUUCUCUUCCCUGU